AUGGAUGGUAGAAACAGAAGUAUGGUCAUCGAAUUUAUCCUGCUGGGCUUUCAGACCAGGAAAGAGAUGGAGAUCAUUCUAUUUGUUGCAUUCCUGCUGAUGUAUGGGACAUCUCUGAUUGGCAAUUCUUUAAUUGCGAUCUUGGUGUGGACAGACCCUCGCUUGCAUUCUCCCAUGUAUUUCUUCGUGGCCAAUCUGUCCUUUCUGGAGAUCACCAUCACUUCUACAGUCGUCCCCAAGAUGCUGUCCAACACCUUCUCACCGACCAAAACCAUCUCUUUGGUAGGCUGCCUCUCUCAGUCCUUCUUCUAUUUCCUUCUUGGCUCCACAGAGUUCUUUAUCCUGGCCGUCAUGUCCUUUGACCGCUACGUGGCCAUCUGUAACCCGCUGAGAUACGCCACCAUCAUGAACGGACAGGUCUGUCUGGAACUGCUGCUCGGUUGCUAUGUUGGCGCCUUCUUGGUCAUCCUUGUGCCCACUGUCGUGACUGCCGGGCUGCCCUUCUGUGGUCCCAAUGUCAUCGACCACUUCUUCUGUGACAGCGCUCCGGUGCUGAAGCUGGCCUGUGAGGACACGACUCUGGCCGAGCUCGUGGACUUCAGCACCUCCGUGAUCUUGCUGUUGGGUUCUUUGCUGUGGACCGUGACGUCCUAUGCCUUCAUCCUCGCUGCCAUCCUUGGUAUACCGUUAGCCCAGGGGAGGCAGAAGGCCUUCUCCACGUGUGUCUCUCACAUCACUGUGGUCUCCCUCUACUAUGGGAGCUCCAUUUUCAUCUAUGUCCGGCCCAAGAAGGGUGACAUCCUGGACUUCAACAAGGUAGCCACUGUACUCAACACCAUUGUGACCCCCAUGCUGAACCCCUUCAUCUACAGCCUGCGGAACGAGAAGGUCAAGGAUUCCCUGAGAGAUGCUCUCAAAAAACUUCUGAAGCUUUCUAUAUCUUAA